UAGCGCCUAGGUUCUCAUUUUAUUCUCAUUUAAAGAGUGUGGAGUGAAUAGUGCUGCCAAAUUCCUUUCUUCAAUGCUUUACUUGUGCUCGACCCCCGACAUUUGUUCAGAGCCAUGAACACAAUGUCUCCCCUCAUUCCAAACUCAUCAGAAGUCACAUAAUGAUACUUAGAUGAUCUUCCGAGCACAAGUUGGGUACAUUACCUUUAGGUCGGAGUACUAAAGAGACGUCACUGUCGAUCUCCCAUCUUCGGACGAACGACUGAAACGUUUCGCUCCUCGUCAUCGUCUGUCGAACGUUUCUCAAACUUUCACUUCGUCCGCCACUCUUUCUGUUAAUGUUCAUAUCAAACCACUUUCAUUCCCUAUUCUCUACAAGAACAAUUUUACACUUCCUUGAAAUUCAAAACAUCAUCAACCACGUCCCUCACCACAAAAUGGCCCUCUACCCCCCAACAACCUCACCACACACCUCCCCCUCCUCACCCGUGACAUCCUCUCUCGUUCCCCCAAUCCCGGUUCCCACCCACGGCUCCAAAGGAACAUUCGCCGUCCUCAGCAAAGCCAUCAUUCCCGCCACCCCCAUCGAAGUCCUGACCCUGAUCCGAGAUACCAAUACCUGGCCCCUAUGGAAUACAUUCUGUCCCGCCUGCGUGAUCUCCCCUCGGAAAACUCCCAUACCAAAAUGCGGGGAUUUAGAGACGGGGAAAGAGGGUUGGUUGGAAUUAGGCAGUGAGGCGACUAUUGAUGUGCAUAUGGAGGGUGAUGGGUUGGUUGAGGGGAGCACGAGGAGUCGGACGCAGGGGUUGGUGGUUACGAGGCUGGAGAAGAUUGGGGAGGAUGGGAGGAAAGCGUUUAGGAUUGCGUGGAAGGGGGUCGGGUAUAGUCAUUGGCAGCUGCAUUCUGAGCGGGUGAUGGAGAUGGUUGAGGUUGAGGGAGGGGGGACGGAUUAUGUUUGUUGGGAGACUUUUGGUGGGAUGCUGGGAUCAGUGGUUAAGAUGAUGGUUGGUGCUCAGUUGGUGGAUCGAUUUGGUGAUUAUUCGCGGGACCUAAGGGAGCACUUCGAAAAAGCGAAGAAGGGUGUGGAAACUUGAGCUUGAAGUUUGUGUGUGAUGAGGCAUAGUGGUGAUAGAUCUCGGGCACUACUUCGACAUCUCCAGAUGCCUGGUAUUUUGUAGCCUUAGCUCCAAAUCGUUGGAUCUACUUCCAGACAUUGACUCUGCUAAAGUUGAGCUGGACAUUUGAAAUCAAGACACCACCAUAGACACUUUCAG